GUGCGGAAGAGUCAGAUCAGGGCUCAUAGAGUAGAGGCAGAUAGAAGAGUUGAGGGAGACCCCCACUCACGACCUCUACUCCCAAUGCCCCUAGUGGUCAUCAUUAGGAUAGUUGGUGCAAGAGGUCGAUGCACUGGAACUCCAUCUCCAACAAUUGUGACUGUGUGAUUGGAAAGGCUGGUGCUACACAACCAAACGAAACCCCCCUCCUCUCUCUGGAUGAGCUGUUAGGGCACCCUUUGCCUCUUCCCAGGAAUCUUGCUGGCCAGCUAAUUGCUCAGCUAGGGAGGCAUCUGCAGUCAGUGACAUCUAGGACAAUGAGGACUAGUCAUCCUGAAGAGGUGAUAACGCACAAUGUAGCAUUACAGUGUAAGGACUGGAGGGAGGACUAGGCCUCGCUUAGAGCCAAAUCAAAGGGACCAGCUCAGAGGAGCGGGCGGGAUUCCUGGCUCCACCCCCAGCAGAAGCUCUGGUCUCCUGGUGAGUCUGUCCCAGGAGGAGGAGGAGGAGGAGGACCCCGAGGAAGAAGCAGGCCGAGAGCUGCUGGGGAGAUGGGAAGAAGGCCGCAGCCUGUGAGGAAGAAGGACCAGGACAUCCGUGCAAGGCCUCCGGAGGGAAGUGGUUCUUCUGUGCGGAUCGCUGGGGAUCUGCAUUGCCAGGUCUUAGGUCAGGAACCAUUGAGUAGAGGGCCUUCCUCCACCCAGCCCAGGACAUUCCCCAACACUUGCUGGCUUGCCAUGAUGCUCUGCUCUAGAUGAGCUUCCGUGGGCUGGAUCACCAGUCCUCCUCACACGAUGAAAUAUAAGAUUUCUUCCUCCAGUGAAAUGAAGCCAGCUCUGCCAAUUCAUCUAAUAGCAGCAGUCCUGCACGUGGCCGUGUCCAGAGUCAACCAGCUGGACCCAGGGACGCAGGGAUAUUCUUAUUGAGCUUUUUUUCUCCUGCGCCACAAACUCCUGCUGCUUCCACUCCCGGGCUACUUGUCCCAUUUGAGACCACUUGGGAAUCUUUUCUAUGUAAGGAUGCCACAGUUUUGCUUUGUCCUAAUAUGUUCUAUGAAGAAGGGAGAAUUCAGUGUCAACUGAAAAUCUCCUGGUUGGCCCCAACUGGAACCCGAAGCAAAGCGCUGUAGUGGUAACCAGUUCAGAAGAUGGCGUUCCAUCAUUCCAUCAUUGGUUUCAUUCAGAAAGACUGGCAUGAUGCUUUCUUCUCAAGUCAAGUCCCAUGGUUGUCUUUUUCUAGAGUUACAUGGCAAGCUCAAGAGUUUGGAUAUUAUUCUGUAGGAAAUGUAACUAAACUGGUUCCAGGUGUUUGAACUGGUUACCAAAACACUUUGGAAAGUGAAUAUUUGACCCCACACUGAACGGGAGAGUUCCAAAAGAAUGACCAAGUUAGAAAUGGUGUGACUCCCUGCACAGGUGGUUUCUUACUUUACCUGGAUUUAAUGUAUAAGCUCUUCUUCGGAGUUAAUUGUGAGCACCCUUUCCCACUUCCAUAUGUCCUGGUGGUUUCUUGGCCCAACUGGAAUGAAACACAAUACCACAAUAAACAUGAGUGCUUUUUCAAUGUUGCAUUCUCAAGACCGGUUGUCACUCAUAUACUCAUGUCUGAUCUUUUCUCCCCGCCCCCCAUAGAACAAGAACAUUGAGGCGCUCCAGAGGAUGAUCAGGGCUUUGCUGGAGGAGGCCCCCUCUGUCUGGAACUUAAUCAGCAUCUUGAAGGUUGCGAAGAGUCUGCCUUUGCUGUAGGCAGAUCUUUAAGUCCUCCCCCACCAGUGACUCCGCCAAGGGCAAGCCCCCCAGAGGGAGGUUCUUUAAAUGGAAACACCGCAUUGAGCCUACUCCAGCACCACCUCCAACUCCCACAGGGGACUCCCCGGCAGUAUCCGGAGUCACCAUCGAUGAGCAGGUGCCCCUGGUUGGGACUGGGGCCGACUCUUUGGGGAAGAUCUGACUACUGGGAUCUGACUACUGGAGUGGAGAAAAUGGAAAGAGCUGAGGUAGGGAUCCAUUCAGAAAAGGGCCUUCCUCCCUAGAGCCCAGGACGUUUCUCUGAGAGGCAUUUGCCCCAUACGGGAUCUGAAAGCUCCCACUCUCUGCUCUGAUCCCUUUCCCACUUCUGCAUUAUCCCUGAGAGGCAGAAGCAGAAUAUUCCAUGGAGGGGGUGGGGUCCCCAGAAAGGACCUGAGAGCAGCCCACCAAGUAAGGGUGCCCGCUCCAUUUCCAGGAAGGCACGGAGAGUCCUUCAUCUCUAACAGCUCAAUGCUUCUAAUAUUCAGGUCAUCCUCUGCUGGACUGAAUUCUUGACGUCCAUUAUUGACGGUAUUAAGGAUGCCAAGUCCUGUGAAAGUGAGAUGCUGUCGUAUGAAAAAGACAAGGCUGUGGAUGCCGAACUAGAGAGUGAGAUGUGGCAGAGAAUGGAAGAUGAUGACCAAGCGCAGGCUCAGUCAAAACCUGACUGCCAAAAGUGUGUGUUUGAGGCUGGUGCUAUCCCAAUGAAGUCCGUGGGUACUGACCAACUCUCUUCUGCUCUUUGAUCUCUGCCAGGAAAUUAUGGAGGACAUCAAGAAGCAUCCAGACCCUGGGUUUCUCUUGAGCCUCACCAUGGACACUCUUACGGAACUCAGCAAAAUGAAGCCAGCUCUGCCGUUCAAUGUAAAAGCAGCCGUCCUGCACGUGGCGGUGUCCGGGGUGGAUCAACUGGACCCAGGGACCCAGGAGAAAAUGGCAUCCUUCAAGAAGAUGCUCAGGGGGCUGCUGGAGGAUGCCCCCUCUAUCCAGGACACAAUUGGCAUCUUGAAGGAGCUCCACAAGUACAUCAACUCGGAGAAGCCCCGGCUGCAGACUCUGGGCCGAGAAGCCUACAUUGAUGCUCUGGCUCACGUGGCCAGACUGCCCAAUGUGGAAGUAAGUACCCUGCUGUGGACAUGGCUUCAGCAUCCUCUGCUUCAUCUUCGGCUUCAGCAUCCUCUGUGGGACCCCUUGUCAAGUUCCAGGUUCAGAAGAAGACCUCCCAGUGGUCUUUGGUCACACGGGGGCUGCCAGGCAGCAUACUUGCUGGAGAGAGGCUGUUUCCACUGGGGCUCACCGAAUGCCCCUGGGGACAGCAGCAGGGGCAGGAGGAACAGAAGAGAGCUGGGUCCUCCCAGUGUCUCUUCUAGCUGCCCAGUGCCCAGAAGAGCCACGCUACAUCUUUGGAAAUCCUCAACUUUGUAUCCAACUGGAUCAUCUUCAAUUCUUAGCUGCUUUGGAUAUGGUGUCACAUUGACAUGAAAAGUACCAUUUCCAUCUCUAU